UUUUCGUCAUUUGUUAUGUAUUGACGUAGGGAGGGUAUGUCUGUAGACAAGGCGGUACUUGGCCAAUGUGAUUGGAAGGGGAACGACGAAACCAAAAUAAUUUAGCAGAUUAACUGUAUUAAGGGACAUACAUUCAAUGGUUGUACUUGUUGUACGGUUUAAGGUGAAUUUGAAUCGGUUACCAUGUUCUUGCUGACCCAAGUAUUUUUGCCCUGUGACUGAGAUUUGAUGACCAAUGAUGAAAAUCAAGGAAUUUGAAUAGAUGCGAUUUGGAUAACAUUGAAGACAAUCGCACGAACGUCAAUGUUUUCCAAGCAGAGAGACGUCUUCUGGAUAGAACAUCUCACCAGAGGACUAUUAUGACAGUAAACUGAUUGACACGAAUUCUAUUGAAACUCAGUAGUGUUGCAUUUCAUAGCCUUUUAGGAAAAUAUAUGGGCCUGUAUUUUAGAUGUUCUUGCAAUUACCUGCGAUAAUCGGAUCAUUGCUAAUUGUGAUCCGUCAAUUCAAUUGCUAUUCUGUUUAGGUAGUAUGAAGCUAACGUUAAAGCUAACUAGCUACUGUAUAUAAGAUGCUGUUAGCAUGGUUGUUUGCUAGCAACAAUGGGCAACAUGACGCAUGUCACAGCAUGUCACUCUCUGGUUAUAUAGUAUAAGUGUCUGUGGGUGUUUGAAGCUUGCAAUCUUUUUAUCCAGAAUACUUGACAUCAUGUAGAAUGUCAAGCAAAGCAGUUUUGAGCUAAUUUGUUUGCUAACUAAAUGCACAUAUAACUAGGUAGCUAGCCAGUGUAUAACGUUAGCAGUUUGGGUCAGAAAAUGACAGCUGGCAGUAGGGACUGACAUUGUGUACCUUGGGAUUGUGUCCAGCCAUGCGGAAAGCUGACUGCAUUGUCUGAUUGUGGAAAUAGUUAAACGUCAAACAUUACAGAAUCUGUUGUACUUGGCUACUGACAGGAAAUAAUUUGACACUAGCUCCAGUUUUGCAUCCCAUUUUAAAGGUGAUCAGUUACAUCAUCACCUGGCUGUUUCUCAGGCAAUAUCAAAGGUGGACUGGAAUGCACGCUUGUCCUUGUAAAACUGACUUGUAUUGUGAAAACGCCACAAUCACUAGUUUGCUUGACAGCUAAAGCAACGUUUGGGUGGAUACAUUGUUGCACCAGGGUUCUGAUAUCAAAAGAGAGCAUCCUUCAACGUGCAUCACUGAAGAAAGAACCUUUCCACACCUGACCUAAAUUGGACAGUUACUUUGACAAUGGAGACAGUUGGAGACUUUGAAUACAGCAGAAAGGACUUGGUGGGACAUGGGGCUUUCGCUGUGGUGUUCAAAGGAAGGCACAGAAAGAAGACUGAUUGGGAGGUGGCCGUCAAGAGCAUUAACAAGAAGAACCUCUCCAAGUCCCAGAUCCUGCUUGGCAAGGAAAUCAAAAUCCUCAAGGAACUUCAACAUGAGAACAUUGUGGCACUUUACGAUGUCCAGGAAACUCCCAACUCUGUGUUCCUGGUCAUGGAGUACUGCAACGGUGGCGAUCUGGCUGACUAUCUGCAAGCCAAGGGGACACUGAGAGAAGACACUCUGAGGGUGUUCCUCCAGCAGAUAGCAGCAGCAAUGAGGAUCCUCAACAGUAAAGGCAUCAUCCACCGAGACCUGAAACCACAGAACAUUCUGCUGUCAUACACGAGUCGCAAGAGAUCCAGCAUCAACGGCAUCCGCAUCAAAAUAGCUGACUUUGGCUUCGCACGAUACCUCCAGAGCAACAUGAUGGCAGCCACGCUGUGUGGCUCCCCCAUGUACAUGGCCCCAGAAGUGAUCAUGUCUCAGAACUAUGACGCCAAGGCAGACCUGUGGAGCAUUGGAACUGUCGUCUACCAGUGUCUCGUAGGGAAGCCCCCUUUCCAGGCCAACAGUCCGCAGGACCUGAGGAUGUUCUAUGAGAAGAACAAGUCGCUGCUACCCAUCAUCCCGAGGGAGACGUCUCCUUCCCUUGGCAACCUGUUGCUAGGCCUGCUGCAGAGGAACCAGAAGGACAGGAUGGACUUCGAUGCGUUUUUCAGUCAUCCUUUCUUAGAUCCAGCAUCUGCCAUCAAAAAAUCAUGCCCUGUUCCAGUACCCAACUGCCCUAGCGCUGUGACCGACAUCACAUAUGGCAGCUCACCCUCUGUUCGCUACAACUCCCCUGCCUCUCUCCCAGACAUGCAGACGUUACCUGAGGACUCUCUGUCGUCGCCCCCCCUGGGCCCUCCAAACUACCUGCAGCUGUCUAAGGAGUCUGGAGGAAGCACCAGCAGCAAGAACUCCUCAAGCGACACGGACGACUUUGUCCUGGUGCCACACCUCUCCACAGAGUCUUAUGACCAGCCAAUGGGAGCAGUGGGGCAUCGGCCGUCCGGAGAGUGGUGUGGAGGGCAGCCGCAGACCACCGGACAGACCCCCAUGGUGUCCCCCCGGGCAGAGACUACCCCCAUCCCUGUGCCCACCCAGGUGCGGAACUACCAGCGCAUCAAACAGAACCUCUCCAACAGCCCCACCACCGCGCUCUACGGCUCACACAGGUCUGGUACAGUGAGGCGGUCCAACACCAGUCCCAUGGGUUUCCCUAAGGUUGGCUCUGGGUCCCCCAGCUCUGCAGACUGCAGCCCUCAGAUGACAGGCAGACGUCUCUCUAUAGGCACCUCCCGCCCAUACUCCCCCUCACCUCUGGUGGGCACCAUCCCAGAGCAGCUGGGUCACUGUUGCUGUGGACACCCUCAGGGCCAUGAGUCCCGCAGCCACAGCUCCUCAGGAGGUUCUCCAGUGCCGUCCUCCCAGUUACUGGGUGGUCGCCUGCAGAGUGCCCCCACCCUGACUGAGGUCUACCACACCAGACAGAAACUCCACAAGCAGCUGUCAGACCCCAUCCAGCCCUCCACCUCCAACUACCCCCCCAGCCACUCCCCCCACCUGGGUCGCCCUGGCAACCUGGGCACCUCCCCCACCAAACACCUGGGCUCCUCCCCCCGCUCCUCUGAUUGGCUGACGAAGUCGCCUCUGCCCACAAUCAUUGGCUCCCCCACCAAGCCCGUCUCGGCCCCAUUUAAGAUCCCUAAGACGCAGGCGUCCUGUAACCUGAUGGCCCUGGCAGACAGUCCCACACCCACUAAGACCCUGGCGGAUGCACGGGACAUCUGUGCCUACCACUGUACCCCCUACCCCAGUGAGCGCCAGUCUGCCCCUGAGGCCAGCAGGACCACGUUUGGCAGGUCUGUCAGUACUAGCCGUCUGUCUGAACAGCCAGUCAGAAUCACUCUAGGGGGACAGCCCUACCAGGGAAGCACAGACAGCCUCAACGCAGAGCGGCCCAUGGAUACAGCACCAGCAGGACCGUUUGGGCUGGCUCAGCCUCGGGGUGGGGCGGCGAGUCCCCGGACUGUUCUCUUCACCGUGGGCUCGCCCCCCAACAGCAGCACCCCCCCUACCUGCAGCCACCUGGGCACCCGGCCGCGCACCACCUCAGUGGGCUCCAACAGUUCGGCAGGCUCCCUGUGCUCCACCAGUGGGCGGGUGUACGUGGGCUCUCCUCCGGGCAUGGCCAUCGGGACCUCUCCCCCAGGGGGUGCAGAGGCAGGUCCCAGCAGCCUACGCUAUGUCCCCUACGGCACCUCUCCCCCCAGCCUGGACGGAUUCAUCACCUUUGAGGCCCCAGAGCUGCCUGAGGAGACACUCAUGGAGCGAGAGCACACAGACACUCUGAUGCACCUACGGAUGAUGCUGUCCUUCACUGACUGUGUGCUGGAGAUCGCAGCGGUGCGAGCAGGAGGGUCAGACCUGGGCGCAUCGGCUGCCUCCCUCUACCCCCCUCAGGAGAGUGUGGUAGUGGACCAGAUCAGCCAGCUCAGCAAGGAGUGGGGGCAGGUGGAGCAGCUGGUGCUGUACAUGAAAGCUGCCCAGCUCCUGGCCUCCUCCCUCCACCUGGCCAAGGCCCAGAUCAAAUCAGCCAAGCUCAACCCUUCCAGCGCCGUCAAGCAGGUGGUGAAGAGUCUGAACGAGCGUUACAAGAGCUGCAUCUCCCUGUGUCGGCGGCUCACAGACAAGCUGAACCACUUCUUCUCAGACAAGCAGCGCUUCGUAGACGAGAUCAACAGCGUGACCGCAGAGAAACUCAUCUAUAACUACGCUGUGGAAACGGUGCAGUCUGCAGCUCUGGAUGAGAUGUUUCAGCAGACGGAGGACAUAGCCUACCGUUACAACAAGGCUGCCAUGCUGCUAGAAGGCCUGUCCAAGAUCCUCCAGGACCCUGCAGACAUCCAAAAUGUGGCCAAGUACAAGGCCAGUGUGGACCGGAGAAUCUCUGCCCUCUGCUACUGCACCGUCACACUGUAUGAGUAGCAGACCACACACACAUAUCAGGGGCAGUUGUGACCUCUGUCCCCCUUCUCUGCCCAGAGGGACCACUCUACCCCGACAAUAGAACAUUGAGGACAAGCACGGAACUCCAAUGUUCCCUCACGUAGCAGUCCAAGCACCUUUCCGUUUAGAUUUUUUUCUGAGUUUAAGGAAACAACAUGGCAGAUAGUAUAACACCUUCUUUGGCAUCGCAGACUGAACGAUGAAGUGUGUGAGAGAUGAUGCACACAUUCACUACCAAAGAUGAUCCAAUGAUCCUGGAACUGAGACAUUCACAGGACAUGAACAAGACGCAGGCAUCUUCUUGCGCGCUGUCUGUCAACGGACUCCUUGAAGAGAGUGGGAUGAGGACACAAACUCUACCCAGCUUUUUGUAUCUGACUUGCAGGAUUUUUACAUUUUGUACCAGAAGAAAGAGAUUGAUAUAAGGACAAUGACAAUCUAUCAUGGGCCCAGAGACUUAUACACCCAUGAAAAAUACAUAUUUUUAAUGCAAAUCACAGUGGUUAUUAUAAUGUAAAGGUUUUUACUCUGUAUUAGUAUUGUUGUUGUGAUUAUUUAUUGUUUUGGAAUAGGAGGCUGUUGUGAUGCCUGUCUGACAUCAUCUUUAGUAUUGAAGUGGAAAGAAGGAGUAUAUGAGAUUAGUCAAUUUAAAGGAGUGUAUGAGAUUAGUCAAUUUAAAGGCGUAUAUGAGAUUAGUCCAUUUUAAAGGAGUAUAUGAGAUUAGUCAAUUUAAAAGAGUAUAUGAGAUUAGUCAAUUUAAAGGCAGUCAGUCUAGCCAACCCUGUAACAAAUACACAUACUCAAACGCCAAAUCACACACUUUACAAUACAUGUACAUACAAGAACACACAGUUUUACACACAUGGAAGGACGCCUGAAGAGCAAACAACCAUGUAGAUUUGUAAUCAGAUAGUUUUGUUCAUUUGUUAGCUGAAGCACUUUAUUGUGAAAAGUGGGGGGGACACUUUGUCCUGACAGGUUAGGAAAGAGAAAUGUGAAGGCUGUUAGUGGUAGCUCAGGUUGGUUAAAGGGAUGGGGGUGGGGGGGUUCUCUCUUCUCUCUCACCCUCUUCAGCCCACAACACCACUUGCCCUGCCACAGCUCUCCCUCUCAUUGCUGCGCAACCUGCUUGCACACUCUGACUGUUAAGUGUUGCCGUGGAAAUGGGGUGAGGGGUCGUAAGAAACGUCCAGUCUCUACACAUCCCACACCACUGGUGGGCGUUUAGAAUAGUAUGGCAAGAAGAAGCCUGUGGGUGACAGAAUCGGACUAAAACGUAUGUUUUCUUUGCCCCUGGAACUUCUAGCGUUGACCAGCACAUGCCCCUAGGCAUUUGGGGAGGAGGGGCUCCUGAUCAGUUAACCAAGGGAGAACGCCCCUCUCCAGGGUGAAUCAAGACAAAACAGUGAAAUUACUUGAGUAGUUUUCGCUAAAUAAUACAGAAACAAGCUUUUUUUUAUGUUCAUACAUGAAUAACUGUAACUAAUUUCCAAGUAAAUUGAUGUUUGCAAAAGUGUCAAUAUUUGUAUGUUGUGCAUGUGAUUUUGUUUUCCUGAGUGAAUGUGUGUGUGAGAGCACAGUGAGAGAGUGAGGGGGUCAGUGAGCGAGACGACGCCAUUGGAUGCCCUGCCUCUCGAUCAAAGAGCACAAACAUUUUUAUGUACUUUUAACCACGCCUGCCACGGGUUCAAGUCAAUCUAUCCCCACUAGAGGUCCCUGGCACAGAGGAAUGUGCCAAUCACAAGGCAGCUGCUCCAAACAUCUCCACACAACCUCUUUAUACUAGGACUGUUCAUAUACUAUACCGGAUUGGGAUUCUGUGUGGAGAGAUCAAAUCUACUGUGUUGGAAGUAAAGAAAGGCACUGCCUAGCAUCCAUUCAAGUCUGCUCUGCUCUCUCCCCAAGCAGCUGCUGUGCUUGCAAUGCAGUAAUGUUAGUGAGUCUGCACACGUCAGGUAUGCAAAAGGCCAGUGAUCAUAGAAAGUCCAUUACAGAAGAAAAGCUGCCUCCUAAGCCUAUUUGAAAAGUGGGCAGAGUCCUUGAUUUCCUAUUGUACAAGUGUGAAUAGUGUGUAAAUGCGUAAACUUGCAACUGGUGGCCACUAGCUCUUUUUAUGAUGUACUGUUCCUUUUUUAUAGACAUAUCCAAGUUUCUGUGGUUUAUUUAGUUUUUGCUCUUGUGCCCUCUCCCUUUGCACGUGAGCACUCCGCACCACAAAAAGCCUUUUCUGCACACUGAGUGGCGGGAGAAGGACAUUAAAACAGUCAGAAACUGUCUGAACAUACCAAAUCCAUGCAUCUAUUUAUAGCGCUGUAGAUUUAGGCCACACUCCCUCACUAGCAGUGUUUUAUUAAGAAUGGAGUACUAACGAUGGACUGUUUCAGAGACAAACCAUUGGUACUAAGCACAUGUUAUAUCCCGUAGAGUGAAUGUAUUCACCCUCCCAGUCAUUUGCACCUCAGACUCCAGCUGAAUGCAUACCGACCCUUGUGAUGGUUAAGCCCCCCUCCCCUGAACUGACCAUGACAAUGCAACUGAAUUUCCACACACCUAUUUUUCAAUGAGAAAUGUUGAUGUGUUACUUGAUGUGAGUUAAAGGGCAUCUUUCUUUUAUGGAACUCUACAAAUGCAGCCUUUGUUAAUUAAAAAGAAAAGUUGGAACUA